AUGGUGUCGUUUUGUGUCUCGGUGUUGCUGAUUAGCAUUGUGGCUCUUGCUGAAGCUGCGAAAAAGCCACGUGGAGAGCUAAAGAUAGACGUGCUGGAGAAGCCAGAGUCUUGCAGUUUGCUGGCAGCGAAAGGGGACAAAGUUGGCAUCCACUACACAGGCACCCACACCAGCGGUGAAGUGUUUGACAGUUCCAAAGGCCGCUCGCCGUUCUCCUUCAAAUUGGGAGAUGGAAAGACUAUUGCAGGAUUUGACCAGGGUGUUGUUGGCAUGUGCAUUGGCGAGAAGAGAAUGGUAACCGUGCCUCCUCACCUUGGUUACGGUGAAAAGGGCCACCCGCCGGCUAUUCCUCCAAGUGCUACGUUAAAGUUUGAAAUCGAGCUUGUUGAGUUGGACCAAGCUUCCGUCUUUUCCUCUGGUAGCUUUGGCACAACGUUCAAUACCGCAGCUCCCCUGUUUCUGCUGGGUGUCGUCAUCUACUAUCUCUACAACAAAGCUCAAAACGAGGAUACGUCAAAGAAACGCCCCAAGCCGAAAGCAGCAAGGAGACGCUGA